AUGAAACAUGGGCUUCAAAUUAUUGAGGGAGCUGAAUCAGUAAAUCAGACGCGGUACCAGAGACUUGUUGGAAAACUGAUAUAUUUGUCUCAUACUCGGCCAGAUCUAGCUUACGCAGUAGGAGUUGUUAGCAGAAUUAUGCACAAACCUCAAAAACAUCAUCUUGAAGCAGUAUACCGAAUCUUGAGGUAUUUAAAAGGAACACCCGGGAAAGGGGUCAUUUAUGGAACCCAUGGUCAUCUAGACCUUCAUGCCUUUACUGAUGCAGACUGGGGAGGAGAUCGAGAUAGCAGAAGGUCUACAUCUGGAUAUUUCACUCUAGUUGGGGGAAAUCUGGUCACAUGGAAAAGUAAGAGGCAAAAAGUAGUUGCAAUGUCUAGUGCAGAAGCAGAAUUUCAAGGAGUAGCAAAAGGGAUCACUGAAGUUCUUUAG